GCUGGCAGCCGGAAGUGUUGGUGUGGCUGCCCCGGAAGGGGUGGCAUGGCGGCGGCGGCAGCGGCGGCGGCACGGGCAGCGGCUCUGGAGCUGGAGGCGGCGGUGCCCAGGGAUGUGACGCUCUUCCGACACGAGCGCGGUCCCUUCUUCCGCCUGGUCGGGCUCUUCUGCGUGGGGCAGGGGUGCUUCUGGGCUGGCUUGGCCCACUUCGCCUUCACAGCACUGCGCCCUGCACCCGGUCCUGAUCUCGGUCCUGCUCCUGGUCCCGGUCCUGAUCCUGGUCCCGGUGCCGAUGACCCCCUCCGGCCCCGGGACCACAAGUGGCGCCUCGGCUUCACCGCUUCCUGCCUCACCCUCGGCUCGCUGAUCGUGGCAGCGGGCUGCGUGUUCCCGCUGCGCGCCGUGCGGCAGGUGACACUGCUGCGGGGGGGAGCGGCCGUGGCUAUCAGCACCCACGGGCCGCUGGGGCUGGGCCGUGGGCCCUCCUUCACCGUGCCGCUGCACCACGUCUCGUGCCGAGCCCACCGUUCCGAGGUGCCUGCCAUGAUCCCCCUCAAGGUGAAGGGGCGCCCCUUCUUCUUCCUGCUGGACAAGCGGGGCCAGCUCUACAACGCUCGUCUCUUUGACAUCACUGUCGGUGCUUACCGUAAGCUGUAGGAAGCAGGGGGCUCCCAGUGUCCCCUUGUUCGCUCUGUCAUUUCCCAGUAAACCCUGAGCCACC